AACCACAGAGAGACAGAGGACAGCCACAGACUGUUCGGGGAUCUGUUUGAGUUCUCUCAUGAGAUGUGAUGAUACAUUUCUUUAAUAAAACACAUUAAAUAUCAGAGAGCAGAAGAAGAGUCUGGAGUGUCUCUGUUGUCCUUCGAGGACAAUUUAAAUCUAACAAACACUUCGUUAAAAAGCAGAUGUUAUGGUGAGUUCAGGUUCGGAGAUGACAGCAUGUGUUGUCUGUGCAGAAGUGACGCAUGCGCACACGUGACAACACUUCCUGUAAAGAUGGCGGCGACCAGAGGACUGUGGAGGACGUGGUGCCUGUUGUCACCCAGGACCCCGCUCCUGUUCCCCGCUGCAGGCCGACCGCUCAGCUCCGUGAGCGGGGACGUGCUGCCCCGGACCUCGCUGUCCAGUCCCCCGUGGCCGCAGCAGACGAGCCCGGUCCCGCAGGAGGAGGAGCGGGGUCGACACGCCGCCGUGGUGAGCGCCGUGAACCAGCGGAUCCAGCGGCAGGACUUCGGCCGCCUCUUCGCCGUGGUGCACUUCGCCGGGCGUCAGUGGAAGGUCACCGCGGAGGACCUGGUCCUGAUCGAGAGCCACGUCGAGGCGGAGUGCGGGGAGCGGAUCCGGAUGGAGAAGGUGCUGCUGGUCGGGGCGGAGGACUUCACCCUGGUCGGAAGGCCUCUGCUGGGGAAGGAGCUGGUCCGGGUCGAAGCCACCGUCCUGGAGAAGACCGAGUCAUGGCCCAAAGUCCACAUGCAGUUCUGGAGGAGACACCGGUUCCAGCGCAAGAAGAUCAUCAUCCAGCCGCAGACGGUGCUGAGGAUCAACAGCAUCCACCUGGAGCCCAGACUCUCGUGAUGAAGACUGGACCAUGACACACACACACACACACACACACACACCUCAUGUGAACACAUCAGGGUCAGUGAUGAUCACCAGUUUGUUUUUUACAUCAGUGUCAAACCAGGACUGAACUUGUUGGAUGAACUUAUGUAAAUAAAUUAAUUACUACAGAGA